AUGGCAGAGCACGCCUCGAUGAGAUCUGAUGAUCCAUUUGAGAUGGAUGAAGAUCCACUGCAAGAGGCUGCAGACGUAGAAGCAAGAUUCUACGCGCAAGGCUACGACGACGGACACGCUCAUGGGCGUCUCCAUGGAUUGUUUGAAGGCCGGCAAUUGGGAAAGGAGAAGGCUUUCGAGUUAUGGGAAGAAGUAGGAUUUUAUGAAGGCUCAGCCAUGUUCUGGAUGAAGCGGUUGGGAGGCGGAGGAGACAAAAGCAAUGGAAGCAAGAGCAAGGAGGCGAGAGCUUUGACCCACGCCAAGACGCUGUACGAGAUGAUACAGGGAUUACCAACCAGCAAUCCGUCGCCAGAAUCCGGGAAUCCGCCGUCGGCCGCAGAAACCGACAUGGACGCUUCGGCGAACGUGGACUCGGCCGUCACAGUUGCGGAUCAGGGGGGCGACUUUGACCUCCCUUCUUUAGUCUCCGCCAUCAGAGCUAAAUACAGGCUGCUCUGCGCUUCUCUGGGCAUUCGACCUCGACUCGUCGCUGGAUCAGCAAGUAUCCGGUCGCGUUCCGAGGGAGCGGAGGAGGAUCCACCCUUUGAUUCCGCGGAAAUGCAAGUGGAAGGCAUAGAAGGGCCAAUGAAGGGUGUCGACACCUCCAAGCUGCGCUUUUAG